AACAUCUCCUACAGCCUCGUCGACCGCGAGACCACGCCGCGCGACCGCAACUGGGGCAUCACGCUCAGCUGGGCACUCCCGCUGCUCGAGGGGCUCCUCCCGCCGGAGCUCGUGCCGCAGCUGCAGGCCUGCCAGCCCGACGUGUCGCUGUCCGUCGCGUCGGCUGGCGAGCAGGGCGUGCUGAUCCGCGACGGCGCCACGGGCGCCACCAAGAUCCGCGUGCGCUACCCGGGCGGCAUCCGGCGCAUGCAGAUCCAGAAGACCAAGCGCGUGCUCGCGGCGGGGCUGCGCCUGAAGCGCGGCAAGCGACUCGUGUCGCUCUCCUACGGCGGCGACAAUGACGACUCGCGCGCGACGGUGACGGCGCACUUCGCCGACGGCACGGCCGAGACGGGCACGGUGGUGGUCGGGGCGGACGGCGGCGCGUCGCAGGUGCGGCGGUGCCUGCUGGGCGAGGCGGCGGCGGCGCAGGAGGUGCUGCCGUACGCCUUCAUGAACUUCCCGUUCCGGCUGCCGGCCGACCGCGCGCGCUGGCUCGACGCCGUUAUGAACCCCAGCGUCGACGUCGCGCCGCACCCCAAGGGCAUGUACAUGGGCCUGUUCCUGCUGGACAAGCCGGACCUGGACCGGCCCGAGACCUGGCUGUUCUACCUGCUGGUCACCUGGCCGAUCGCGACGCGCGAGGACGAGGAGAACACGGGCAACCGGCUCGAGAGGCUGCGCGCGCACAUGGACGGCUGGGCGGAUCCGUACCGGUCGGUGGUGCAGUGGCUGGCCGACGACGUGGCGAUCGGCACGGACCAGCUGCGCAUCUGGCACCCGAAGCCGUGGGACAACCGGGGCGGGCGGGUGACGCUGGCCGGCGACGCGGCGCACAGCAUGACGUUCCACCGAGGGCAGGGAGGGAAUCUGGCCAUCAAGGACGCCGACGAGUUCGUCAAGCGGAUGGUCGAGGUGCAGGAGGGCCGGCGGUCGCUGAAGGCGGCCAUGGACGAGUACGACAGGGGGGUCGUGGAGCGCGGCCAGGAAGUCGAGAUCUCCAAGCAGCAGGCGGCGGCAUUCCACGACUACGCCAAUUUCGACAGCAGUCCGGUGUUCAAGAUGGGCAUCAAACCGGCAGGCAGCUGA